AUGUUUCUAUCUCUCUCUCUUAUCCUGGUAUGUGCGAGCAUCGUGUCCAGUGCGGUGACUGUCACAAGAACAGAUCAAGGACCAACUGGAUAUGAGGUGACUAUUACCUACCAGAACGCGAGCGUGAGCAACGUUAUAAUUUCUGGCCUGCCACACCUGACCGAUCAAUACUCGACUUCCUGGUGGUCGUGGUCAGACUUUGAUCUGAGUGAAUACAAACCUGGGGAUUUUCCUCGGGAUCCUCUCAUUGGCUCGUACUACGUGAUGAACAAAACGAAACCUGGGGUGUUCACUUGGACACGACCGCUCUUCAGCGGAACGUUCCAGUAUUCUUUCCUCCUCGACUGUGCUCAGCCCAUUCUGUGCAACACAACAACGGGCCAGGAGAUUACGGAUCCAACCAAUCCACCCUUUGAGAGCGUGCCUGGCUCAGAGUUAAUCUCCACGUUCCAGGUCCCAUACCAUCACGACUUUCAGUUUUAUCCAGAUCAAAACAUCAAUCAAGACUAUGCGCUCCCUUACGGUACAAAUUCCAGCAAAGGUAGCAUCAAUUUUGAGACCUAUCAUUCCCCUGGAUCCAUAAGUCCAUCACCAGGUAUCCAUGACUACGUUGUUUACCUGCCAGCGGGGUACAACGGGAACGAUACUACCAAAGAGUAUCCACUGCUGUACCUUUCUCAUGGCGGUAAUGGAGCCGCAGCAGACUGGCAGAACCAGGCCUACGUUUCAAACAUGUUGGAUCGUCUGAUCGGUGACGGCCAUAUGGAAGCGACUGUGGUCGUGAUGCCAACUUGGUAUGGUAUCUUGCCCAACACCACCAACCCACAAGCUCUGCUGCAGCGCAAUUAUCCCGAUCCACCCACCACCGCCUCGCUCUACAGCAAAUACUUGUUCCCUCACAUUGAGUCGAACUACCGCGUUAGCAACGAAUCCAGCCGGAGAGCCUUCGCCGGUCUCUCGCAAGGUUCGUUUUUGACGUACAGCUUCUACGUUAAUUAUACUUCCUACUUUGGAUAUUAUGGCAUCAUGUCCGGUGGGCCCGCAACGAAUUCUGAGAAUGACGCGCCCUCUCUGAGUGGCUAUGUCAACUCAUCUAUGGUAGCUUCGAACCCGGACCUUUUGACCCGCGGUAUAUUUGUGUCGUAUGGCCAGUAUGAUAUCUUGUUUACGGAUGCUCGAAGGUUGCAGCAGGCACUUGAUGACGUUGGCGUGGUUUAUGUGACUCGAUUUGUCCCGUGGGCAUUUCACUUUUGGAACAAUUGGCAAGAUUCCUUCUGGCAUAUGGGACGCAUGGCACUGUGGAAGCCAAUUCCGUUUACAAAAUCUACUGGUCACGGCCAAUAA